AUGGUUCUGCCCUGGUUAACGCACUUUAGGGCCCCACUUCGUGGGGUCUCUACGGGAUGCGCCAGGUUCGAAGUGACAACCGGACCUAUUUGUUCCCUUCAGCAAAUAAACCCCCAAACUCGACUCAUCACAGGCAACCAGACUCGAGGGUAUGCUAAUAUGAGCGAGGGAUGGGGCUUCAAGAAGGUCCAAUACACGAAAUACCGCAUCACGAAACCGUGGACAACAGACACCCAGUUCGACGAUCUCCUCCUGUCCGAACCAUCAAGGGACUCCCUUGCAAAGUUUACGAAGGAGACUCCGCUGUUUCUACGGUUCCUAAAGCUUAUUACUGACGUGGAGAACAGGCCUCGCGCGUUCAUUGAAUUCGCAAAAAGAUGCGAAAACGGUCUCAUAGUGGAGAAGGAUGCAUUCAUAACAAAAGAAGAACUUAUGAAAUGCAUAUGGGAAAAUGGAUUCUCACAGAACGAGAUGAAUGCGUUUGAGUUUGCAUUCCCAGCCGACUACAAAUUCCACUACCCUGAACUGGCUGUAUUAUUUGACUUGCCGGAAGAGGAUUGUUACAAGUAUUGCAUCCGUCAAAGAGCAAAGACACCCGAGAAGCUUGUGGAAAUCAAGUAUGAGAAGCCAAAAAACCUUUUGUCGAGCUAUGGACUUUGCUUCCUUGGCGUAUGGUAUGGUUUCUCGAAUCAAGUCUUGAGCAACGCAUGGUUCUACUCCAAGACAUUUCCUUUCGGAGCAGUAUUUUACAUGCUGGCUUCAUACUUCUAUCGAAAUAUUCGUGAAUACUUGUGGAAAGAAGAAAAGGCGAUGAUUGAGGGUGCCAAAGACCGUAAAGACGCCGGCGAAGAACUGGUUCACCGUCAAUUGAAGAAAUACGCAAACGAUGCACGCUGCCUCGAAUAUAUUUCAUCCUUUAAGGAUGAAGUUCAGCAGCAGUUAGCUGAAUAUCAUGCAGCUUUGCUAGAGCAAAUGAGGCAAAAAUUGGUGGAGCGAAUUUCCGGCAAGCUCAUGGCGAUUCAGAAAGCAGAGAAAGCAAUCCAGGAUUCCCUUCAGGAGGUCAUUGUGAGAGAGCUAGUCGAAUCAUUCCAUAGGAAAUUCGCAACUGAUGCGAAAAUGCAGGAUUUGGCGCUGAAGGCGGCAAUUGAGGGCGUAUCCGGGGAAGCGCCUUCUGCUGCGUGCUUUCUUGUGAAUGCGGGUGAGUUCCCCCAUACUCCUACAUGGAUGCACAGACCUAGAUGCCAUCAAUUACCGGUGUACGGGCGCCGAAAGCGUUUUGCUUUUGAUCCUGUUGGGGCCCACUUCCUGGCGUCUCUGAAGGAACUUCGAAAUGCAGAUAUUGCAAAAUCGAAGCCAGACGGCAAUGGAUCUGUCCUCGAAAGAGUCUCUGCGGUAUUCCAGCGUCGCGAAGAAGAAUUUCUUCAAUCGUUCACCGUCAGCCCGGAAGAAGCUAAUGAGGUGAAGCAGCUUGUUGCAAAGUGCAAAUCUGGCGAUGGGUAUGACUUUACUAAGCUCUCGGAGGAGGAUGCUGCGAGGUUGGACGCCCUUCAGCUAAGCAUUCACGAACGCGUUGGAUAUUCGACAGUUAUGGAAGACGACGUUAAGCCUCUCAAAGCAGUUGGUCCCUCUGGCGAAGCGCUUAUCGAGCAUGUUAAUAAUCAACUUGGAUUUGGCAUUGAAGUAAAGAGCAUUCCUUCAACCGCGGAAACCAGUGAUGGAUUGCUGCCGCAUUUGGCGGACUCGCACUUUUGGAAGAAGCUCUCCUUCACUCAAUUUGUCAUAUAUCUUGUCGGUUUCUCGGAGGGGCUCACGCAUCUCGCCGCGCUUGCGAUAUACUACAUGCUCAAGGAUGAUCUAGGCUUGAGUCCUGCGGAAGUCUCAGCUUUGUUUAUUGCGCCAGCCCUUCCUUGGGUUUUCAAGCCAAUAUUCGCCUUCAUUUCGGAUUCGUAUCCGCUCUACGGCUCCCGCAGAAAGCCCUACAUGAUCGCCUUCAGUUUGCUUGAAGGGUUGGGCUUCAUCAUGCUGGGAACAUUCCCCACACAUAUCUUAACGGCUCUGCUCUCUCUUUUCAUAAUAUCGAUUUCCGCUGCCUUCUGUUCGGCAGUUGCAGAAGCCCUAGUUGUUGAGACAACGGCAGGGAGAUCAAUGGAUCAGAGUGCCGAGAACGUGUCUGACUUCAUUACCGCCAAAGCAGUUGGUAGUCUCAUUGUUGCCUACUUAUCGGGAUACCUGCUUGAAAGAACAUCGAAGCAAAGCAUUUUCCUGGCUACUUCUAUAUUCCCACUAUUCAUUGCACUUAUCACCACCUUCAUGACUGAUGAGGGCGGAGCGCCCUCAGUAUCACGCUUUCCAGCUGUCAUUUGGGGGCCCGCACUCUACAUUUUCGCCUACAUGGCUGGGCCCGAUUACGACGAUGCUUUGUUCUUCUAUUUCACCAAUAAGCUCGGCUUUUCUCCUACCUUCAUGGGAACCCUUAGGUUUACCUACGGUAUUGCCGCUUUGGUUGGAGUUGUGAUGUACCGAACUUUCUUCAAGAGAACCGGGUUCCGGAAAACCCUCCUCGCCACGAUUUUGGUAGCUGUACCUAUAUACCUCUCACCAAUCAUUCUCACUACUGGAUUCAACCGAACUCUGGGCAUUAGUAACAAGGCGUUCGUCCUGAGUGGAGGCUUUCUUAUUGAAGCUACUGCUGAAAUCCAACUUCUUCCACUGCUGGUUCUGACAGCAUCUAUCUGCCCCCCAGGUCUUGAGGGCAGUGUCUACGCCAUGAUGAUGUCUGUUAGGAACACUGGAGCAAUGGCUUCCCGCGGGAUUAAUGCCGAGGUGCAAAGGGUGAAGCAGUACCACGACUCGCUGUACGAGAAGAUUCGCCAGCAGACUGCUUAA